AUGCGUGAGGCAGUACGAGAUUGGGCAGAUUCAUCAUCCUGUCAUGGCAUACCACAUAUGGCGCAAGCUGCAACGGUAAAUACAUUUUGUUCCAACUUUGACAAAAAACCACUGAACCAAUGUCUCGCAGCUAUUCUUUGGUCGAUCAUCUUGGCCUUUUGUGCUGUUGGCUUCGUUUUUCUAUUCACCGACACUUUUAGACAAUAUCUACGAUUUGACAAGGUCGUGCAAUUGAAUGGGCUGCAUGCGCAAUUGGCCACAAAUGCCCGAGUAAGGCAUGAUGAUUGUGACAUUUAA